UCUAUUUUUUGGUUUUGUGAUGGUUUUGAUUGUUUUGGGAUUGUGUCAUUGUGCUUCCUUCGCUUCUUUGUUUAUUUUACAGUUCAAUUCCUAAUUCCUAAUUGUGCCUGACGCACCUAUUCAUUAUUUUUCUGCAUUUAAUCUGUAUGGCCAUCAAUCAAAAUCAGAUUUCCUUUCAAUUUUUCACUAGCUCAUCCUUGUGACAUCGAAGUAAGUUCUCACCGCAACCUCAUCAUGAGCUCCACAAGUGAUGAUUCACCUAAGAAGCCUCAGUUUGGAAAUCGAUUUCUUCAAAAUAGUGAAGAUGUAUUCCUACAUAAUGCUUGGGAUAACGUAGAAUGGGAUGAUGAAAUGACCAAGAGUGCAGAAGCUAAGAUAAAAGAGCAAUUGCAGUCAGCAAUGGAUGAGGAAAAAGGAGCAGAAUUAGAUGAAGAAGCAAGCAAAUAUUGGGAUGGAUUUUACAGAAUACACCAAAAUCGAUUCUUCAAAGAUCGUCACUGGCUUUUUACAGAAUUUCCAGAAUUACUAAUGGAUCAAAAUGAAUCCACCUCAACCAGUGCUGCUGUGGAUGAAUCUGGUGGAAGGUUUAACGUUCUGGAAGUUGGCUGUGGAGUAGGGAACACUGUUUUCCCCUUAUUAGAGUACAACUCUAAUAAAAAUUUCCAUGUCUAUGCGUGUGAUUUUUCCAGUAAUGCAAUAGAGAUACUGAAAGAACAUGAAGGGUACAACCCGCAGAGAUGCUGUGCUUUUGUGUGCGAUUUAACUGAAGACAAUUGGGAUCCGCCUUUCACGAAAGGAUCAUUAAAUAUUAUCAUCUGCAUAUUCGUCCUAUCAGCAAUAGCUCCUAAUAAAAUGCAGAAGGUAAUAGAUAAAUUCUAUUACUAUUUAAAACCAGGAGGUGUAGUUCUUUUUCGAGAUUAUGGAAGAUUUGACAUGGCCCAGUUGAGGUUCAAGUCAGGAAGAUGUAUUGAGGAAAAUUUCUAUGCUCGAGGAGAUGGUACUAGAGUUUAUUUCUUUACUCAAGGAGAAGUUCAUCGGCUAUUCACCUUUAGCGGAUUUGUUGAAGAGCAAAACUUAGUAGACCGAAGAUUACAAGUCAAUCGAGGCAAAUUAUUACAAAUGUAUAGAGUAUGGAUUCAAACAAAAUAUAGAAAACCGAACACUGAGUAACUGCUGCUUUAUAGAAGAACAGUAAGCAGUGCCUCUCAGAUCGAGGUUUUUGGAAGAAGUGAAUAAGUGUAAGUGGAAAAUCCUGACCUUUCUCAUGACUCAAGUGAAAGGGUAGCAGAAACUAACUUUUGGCAUGAGCCAAUCAGAACAGAGCUCCACAUUGCUGCAAAUCACACUCACUUUAACACUUUUCCUAAUUGGACGUAUUUCUAUCAAACAGAACUAUGUGCAGGUGGGAAAGAUGAGGUGUGCUCAUUAAUGCUUGGGCUAUAAAAAUGAAUGAUAAUGAUAAAGCGCCAGUAACGUAGCCACCACUCCAGUAUCCAUUUGUCAUCUUUAACUCAUGCGCCAUGUGCACUAUGCUCUUGACACAUGCCCGCGGCUCAUGGAGUGUGCACAUAGUUCCGUUCAACAGAAUGUAAAAUCCCGCUUUUCUAAUUCAGCAAACGAACUGUGUGGUAACUGAAUGCAAGACUCAUGAGCCGCGGGCAUGUGUCAAGAGCAUAGUGCACAUGGUUCAUGAGUUAAAGACGAGAAAUGGCUACUGCAGUGGCGGCUACGUCACUGGCGCUUUAUUAUUCCCGUCCAUUCUCAUGGCCCAAGCACAACGAGCCCACCCCAUCUUUCCCACCUGCACAUAGUUCUGUUUGAUAGAAAUACGUCCAAUUCUAGCGUGGAACCAGAGUAAGUUGGUAGCGGCCAUUUUUUUUUUUCUCAUCUUUUUCAAGUACUGAGUAAAUUGAUUUCCAAGCAAUUUUUUCGGAUCUCUUUUACAUGAAGUGAUGGGAAAAAUCAAUUUUGAAACUACCGAAAUCUGGACCUAUUGAAUCCUGGAGGACAUAGGCCUUCUUAUGUCAUUAAGACUGUCGACCUCUGGUCAGUUGGAUUUAAAUCAACUUUUCCUCCCCUUAGACGUGCAUUUUGAAACUUUUUAUUUUACUUCUUGGUUUUUUCAGGAAAUUUUGCAUUGAGAGUAACCAUCAGAUACUGUGCAGAUAUUAUGUGCCAGUAGCCCAUCACACUAAACUAUUGAGAAAACAUCAGCUAAAAAUAAUACCUGAAAAAAAUGAAGAAAAAAUUUGCAAGCGAAAUUCAGAAUCGCUCUAAAAUGGAACAGAAUAUAGGCAUCUCAGCAGUCGACGAAUCAACCUUGAACGAAGCUUAACUGAUUUUUAAGCAUUUGUAAAUAAUCAUUUAAUAAUCGGUUUUUAAGUUAACAUUAUCAUGAAGAAAGUCAUUGAGACGUUGCAGUGCACUCAAGCUGCUCCGAAAAAGACAAACCUAGGAUAACUUGUUUUUUUUAACUUGAUAAAAAAUCAGAAAAAUACUAUGCAAGUUUUAGCAGGACUCUUUUCACACGUUUGCAAACAGUUGUAACAGGUGAAUAAUGUUCCUCAACAAAGGAAUUACUUCAUCAAUGCCAGUGCUGAAUUCCUACCGUUUAUUUUUGAUCACAGACAUGUGCCAAGGCUGUCCCAAAAAUUCAAUGUGAAAAGUAUAGGCAUCUAGCAAACAUUUAAAAAGCCUGAAAGCUUAAAAGUGUUACAGUUUCUUUAUGGGAGCAAGCAGCCGAUUACAGCAGCAAAUUCCAUUACUACCAAGCUUCAAUUUAAAAAAAAAGAAAGCUGUAAUUCGUUAAUCAGUAGAUAUUUUACAUUGUAAGCCGUGCUGUGAUAAAUGUCACUAUUAUCUGACAAUCCAUUGACUGUAUAAGAUUCAUACCAGUUCCCAUAUUCACCAUGUCAGUAAAUAAAACGUGCAGUUGGAACAUUUUGA